AUGUGGCAAUUUAUUAAGCGACAUCGUCGCAAACUUUUUAUUAUAUCAUUACUUACUGGAGGUGGCUAUGCAGCAUUUCGUUUUCUACAAGGAAAAUUAGCAAGAAUGCUAAAUGAUCAAGAUAAAAUGUUAAUGGAAUGGAAAAAACAACUUUAUUAUGAACAUAAUCGUGAUACAAGUUUAAGAACAAGUACUGAUAUAUUUGCACAAGUUGUACUUAAUAUUAAUCGUAGAUUUCAAUGUGAAAAUAUUCUUACUCGAUUAUCAACAAUAUCUGAUUCAACAGAAAAACGUGAAUUAUGGGAACAAUUAAGAAUUGAAUGUUUUGCUCGUUUAUUUACUUUUGCAUACAGUUCAAGUUUUGUAUUAGCUUUAACUGAAUUAGUAGUUAGUGCUUUAAGUGGUCGACUUUAUUCUCAAUCUCAAUUACAACAAUUAUCAAUAAGAGAACAACAUACAACAACAGCUGGUGGUAUAUCAUCAACAAGCAAAUCAUCACAUGCUGAAUCAACUCAAGAUCAUAGUUCAUUACUUUCACGAGAUAUUCAAUUAGCUUGUCUCGAUGUUAUUCGUUAUACAACAGAUGCAGGAAUGAAUAAUUUAAUUGAUGAUGUUCGAAAAGCUACUCAAUCAAUUCUUUCAAGAAUUCCACUUCAACAAAUGCUUGAUAUCAAUGAUAUAAUAUGGUAUUGUAGUGAAAUUCGUCAUCAAAUUGAAAAAAAACGACAUCAAUCAGUUAAUAAUCAUUAUCCAUUACUUAAAUAUGUUCGAUCAAUUUCACUACCAUCAAGAUCAACACAACCAGCAACAACUACAACAUCAGCUUAUUCAUUAUCAAAUGUUAUAACAACAGCUAGUUCAUUGAUUACACAACGAACACAUUCACCAUCAUCAGUUUUUAAUGUUCAACAACAAUUUGAAAUUGAAUGUAUUGAAAUGAUUGAAAGUGAAACAUUUCAACGUGUAUUAAUUCAGAUAAUUGAUCAAAGUUUUUCAAAUAUUUAUGAUGAAUUUGCUCGAGAAAUGGCUAAAACAUCACCAGUAACAGUUAAUUCAUUAGAAAAUAAUUUAAACGAUUCAACAAUAAUUCAUGAGAUACAAUUACCAUUUGCUAAAAUAGUUCCAAUAAGUAAUAAUAUUUAUACAAAAUUAUCAAGCCAUCAUGAACAACUUAUGCUUCAUUUUCAGAGUCUUGCAUGUCGACCAGAAUUACAUGAAUAUACAAAAUAUGCAUAUGAUUUAUUUUCCAAUGAGUCAUUACAAUCAGCAAAUCGUACAGCAUAUUCAUUUUUACCAUUAGCAUCAUCAGCAUCAGCAUCAUAUUUACAAUCUAGUUUAUCAUCAUUUUUACAAUCAUUAAUGUCUCCAUAA